AAAAGCUUAGCUCCAAACAUAGAAGUAGAAGGAGAGUGAUAGUCUUCUUUCCUUUCUUCUUCUGUAUAGUUCCAUAUUUCGUCAUCAAACUCGCUACAGCACUGCAGAGUAGUGGGAGGAGAUGGGAAAGGGAAUGUGGUUUGCUGCAAUUGGUUUCCUUCUUCUCAACUUCCUGAUCGUCCACAACCAUGCGACUAUCACCGGCGAGGCGCCGGCGCCAACGCCCCAACCCAACGACGGCCUGUCCUAUGUGCAGGCUGGGACAACUGAGGGCAGCCUUCACCCGCAAGAAUGUGGAGGGCGGUGCGACUCGAGGUGCUCGAGGACGCAGUACAAGAAGCCGUGCUUGUUCUUCUGCCGGAAGUGCUGCGCCAAGUGCCUCUGCGUCCCUUCUGGGUUUUACGGCAACAAGCAAUCCUGCCCUUGCUACAACAACUGGAAAACCAAACGAGGAGGCCCAAAAUGCCCUUGAAUUUCCCCCCAUACUCUUGAUCAAAGAACAAAGGCAAAUGGGAACAUCUAAUUCAAUUUUUCUUGUAAUGGUGAAGACUGAAAGGUAGUGUGUGUGUGUGUAUUUGGAAAGGAGGUUUUUUCCAAUUGCAUUAUUGUUUUGUGUGAUGAUUGGGAUUGUAAAUGGAACAAAGCAAGAAAUUUGGGUUUGAAGAAAUUGGUCAUAUGGGCUUUCAGCCAAUACAAUUGGGCUUUCAGUUGGGGGGUAGAUAGUAGGAGCUUAGUGACGGAGGUAUGGGCUUGAGCCCAACAGCUUCCAUGUCUUGCCUCUCGGUAGCGAAUGAGUCGCGGAUCGAAUAGCUGCCCACAUGAAGCGUGAGUCGGGUCAUGUAAUAUCUCGUUGAUACGGUUUGAUGAUCAUGCAAUGUCUUGUUGAGGAUAGGGCAAAAAAGCAGUAUGAAAGUAGUACUCAUCUCACACUAUUGUAGAUGGAGUAAGAAACGCUC